AAUUACGGACCGGCCACGGGAUCUAAAAAUAGCGGCGGCGGCGACUUGUCAGCUAGUUGUUGGGAUGCUGACGUCGGGGCCCCGGGAGCAGGUGUCCUGCUGGAAGGAGACUCGGUGUCCGGCAGGGAGGGAGGCCCUCCUUCCCUCCCCGGGGUGUGGACUCCCAGCCAGUGCCCCCUCCGCUCCCGGGGCGCGAACCCCGAACAGGUGUUCUCCGCCCCCGGGAGGCGGACCCCAGACAGGUGCCCCCUCCCCUUCGCGUGGCGAGGAUCCCCGGCCGCUUUCUCCUUCGUACGCGAGAAGCGGGCCCCCGGGACGCGGACGCCCGACAGGUGUCCCCUCCCUCCCCGGGACGCAGACCCCCAGCCGCCGCGGGGGGUGGGCGUGCCCAAUCCACGCCUGAAUGGUCCGCUGGCUUCCCGUCUGCGAGCUCACCUGGGCGAGGCGCCCGGCAAGUUGGUGACUGGUGUCCGGAGGGUGACCGCGGCCCCCACACUUGGCAGAGUCCUGGCGUCUGUGAAGGCUGGAGGCAAAGCUGGAAAGGACAGUGGGAAGGCCAAGGCCAAAGCAGUGUCUCGCUCACAGAGAGCUGGGCUCCAGUUUCCCGUGGGCCGCAUCCACAGACACCUGAAGACCCGCACCACGAGCCACGGGAGGGUCGGCGCCACGGCCGCGGUGUACAGCGCUGCCAUCCUGGAGUACCUCACGGCUGAGGUGCUGGAGCUGGCGGGGAACGCCUCCAAGGACCUCAAGGUAAAGCGGAUCACUCCGCGCCACCUGCAGCUCGCAAUCCGCGGCGACGAAGAGUUGGACUCCCUCAUCAAGGCGACCAUCGCGGGGGGUGGUGUGAUCCCGCACAUCCACAAGUCUCUGAUUGGAAAGAAGGGACAGCAGAAAACCGCUUAGAGGGCUGUUUUACCCAGCCCUUCUCCUGUCACUGUACUGUAACUGGGACAGAAGAAAUAGUGGGGACAUGGGGGAUUUUUAAAAGAGGCUGAAGGAAAAGCUUAGACAAUUUCUGUAGACACAAUAAGAGACAUUUGUAUGUUCUUAGGCUCAAAGUUUGAUAAAGUACCUUUCCGUGUGGCAGCACUCGUGUGGUGAUUGGCUAGGUUUCUCCCGUGUGUUUUAUACAAAAAUGGAAUUGAUAAACCAUUUUUUACAAAAAGAA